AUGGGGACAGACGGAGUCUCGAAGCUAACAUCGUCAGAAAAAGAGAUUAGCAUGGAUUUGGCGAUGGAAAUCCAGAAACACCCCAGUAUUGAAGAGAUCCCAACAUUUUUCAUCCAGAGCGCAAACGGUUGGAUGACACCCAUAAUAUCUUUCCUUCAGGACGGGCACCUCCCUCAAAACACAGAAGAAGCUAAAAGGAUCAAGAAGAGGGCGGCCAGGUUCACGAUCCUUAAUGACGCCUUAUACAAGAGAGGCUUCUCCAUGCCUUACUUGAAGUGCGUAGACGAGGAAGAAGCUAGAUACAUACUGGAAGAGAUCUAUGCAGGAGUUUGCGGCGACCAUGCCGACCUUAGAUCCCUGGUAAACAAGGUAAUACGAACAGGUUAUUUCUGGCCGACUAUGCAGGUGGACGCGGUUGAAAUCGUCAAGAAGUGUGACAAGUGCCAGUGA